AGCUUCCGGUCCGGUGACGGUUGGUGACCAGGGUUUGAACAGGUGGUCUCGCGCCGCCUCGCUCUGCGUGUCCCUCGGCGACAAUGGCGGCCCCUCUGCCGCCGGCCCCGGGGAGAGGGAGAUGAGGCCGAGCCAGGCCGUUUGGCUCAUUCCGACUAUGGAGAGUGUGCGCUGGGCUUUCGGCUCCGGCGCCUGGCAGCCCAGCCGCCCGGAGUGGCUGCAGGCGGCUCGCUGUGUGCAGGCCGAAGAGAAGGAGCGCAUCAGCGGAUUCAUGUUCGCUAACGACGCCAAAGCAGCCAUGGGUGGACGUCUUCUGAUCAGAAAAUUAAUUGCUGAAAAACUAAAGAUUCCUUGGGAUGAAAUCCAACUCCAAAGGACAGAAAAGGGAAAGCCAUUUCUGGUUAAUAGCACUCCUAAUGUAUUCCCUAAUUUUAAUUUCAACAUCUCACAUCAUGGAGACUAUACAGUUCUGGCUGCUGAGCCUGUUUUACAGGUUGGUAUUGAUGUCAUGAAGACUGACUUGCCAGGUAGCAGUUCAAUCCCAGAAUUCUUUCGAAUUAUGAACAGACAAUUUACUGAUCAUGAAUGGAAUAUGAUCAAGAUGGCAGGAGAUGAAUGGGACCAACUCAACAUGUUUUACAGAUAUUGGGCUUUGAAAGAAAGCUUUAUAAAGGCAAUAGGAGUUGGAGUAACAUUUAAUCUACAGAGGAUUGAGUACCAUGUGUCACCAUUACAGCUGAGAGAAGGACAAGUCUUCAGGGAGACUAGAAUGUUUUUGGAUGAAGAGGAGGAAGAUGCAUGGUCGUUUGAAGAAACCAUGUUGGAUGGCAGGCAUCAUGUUGCUGUUGCACUUGGGAAACAAGACACUGAUAGCAAGGACACUUUGCAGGUACAAGUCAAUGCUAGAGAAAAGCUACCUCAGUUCACCAUUUUGAACUUUCAAGAUCUAAUGUUCUCAGCGGUCCCUAUGGCACCAGAGGAUCCCAAUGCCUGGGAAAACUUUCAUGCAAAGCAAGAAAAACCAAUCCGGCAAUCCAAUGCACCCACCUGAUGUUUACUGCAAGGAGCAGAAUUGUCAAAGAGGAAAACUUUAUAUAUCUUAAUCACAAACCUUGGACAACUGAUGGAAGGAUGACAUACUAUACAUCAAUUCUCCUUUCUAUUUCCUCAGAGAGCUUCUCUCAAAUGAUUGAUGUGCACCGCUGAUUUUCUCUGGAUCACUGGUUUUGGGACUGAUGAUCAAUGACAAGGAGUGUGGCAGGUUCAUAAUGAAGGCUUUAUUUUUUUUGCCGCUGUGUACUUGUAGUGUGGAAAGAAGUUCUGAGGACAAUUGAAUGAAUGCAAUGCUGAAGACUUAUUGCUACAUAUAAUUCCUAGAAAAAAUCCAUCAUGCUGAGUGUAUUCUGAAUUGACAUUCAAAUGUAUCAACAUUUUACAACCUUUAAAGUUUACUAAAUGUCAUACUGCAUCAUGAAUCAUACAAGUCAAUUUCAAGAUUUUGUGCUUUUAAUUUCAAAUCAUUUUAUAGAAGAGCAUUUUACUCUAAAUUAGUCAUUUUUUGUAGCACCUUUCUCUGAAUCCUUUGAAGGACAAUGGCUCUUACAAUCCUGAAAGGGUUUUUUUUUAGCACCAGAAAGGCCAAUAAACAAGGUGUUCCUUGCAUGUGAAAUCUGUUUGAAUCUAAGCAAAACAUAUCUAGAAAGCUAGAAGUUCUGAAUUCUUGACAUUAUCCACAUAUUAGGCAUUUCGCACAUAAAAUAUGCAAUCAAUUCACUUUACAGUAUAUUCUGUGAAGCAC